CACGGAGGAUUUGUUUGUUUAAUGUUUAACUGUGGGUAUUUUUGUUGUUGUAGAUGGAGACAAAGAUGUGGAGGAAGAUGGAAAUAGAAAUACACAGAUCGAUGAGAGUGCUCAGAAGACACUGGAGCAGUCUCAGCAAACAACGCCAGAUGUCCAGCAACGUUACCUCGUAGAAACAAUAACAAUGACCACAGUAACAGAGCGCCGCAUAGUCCGCGAGAUCAGCGAAGACAAAGGUCUGACCCCGGCACCAACCAACAACACCAGCCCAUCAUCCUCUCCAGCCUCCCAGGAAGAUCAAACAGACAAGCCACCCAUAACUAAUCCACCCUCAGUACCAAACGGCUCUGCAGAAGCUACCUCCAAUCCCGAGGCUCCAGAAGACGACAAACCUGAAAAUUCCCCAGCCAAAGAAGAAAACCCCCCUGACUCAGAACUAAUGCCAUUCAAACUCAGCAGCUCAUCCCUAGUAACCAACAGCAUGAAACCUAACUCAGCCGUGCGGCAGCUGUUCCCAAACCCAAAGUUCAUCUCACCUCCUCCCGCGCUCUCCAAAGGGAUGUCUCUCUCCAACGACGAGACUGACAGCGACUCUGAAGCUCAGAGGUACCUGGUGACCACCGAGAGUCUCCGACUGUUUGACUCAGUAAAGCGCGCCAAGAUGGCCGGGUCCCGGAGCGAUUCUUCAGAGAGCGACUCCUCGACCAUAAAACGGACCAUUGAACGAAAUGCUCUCCGGAGGUCGCUGGUCUGCAAGUACGACACCCUGACCAGGAAGAAGAACCUCAUGAGCAAGGACGUGAGUCUGGAGGAGCGAAUCCGGCAGCUUACUUGCGUAGAUCCCGAAGAAGACACCACCUGCGACAGUAAUUCAGACUCUUUUUCGGCAGAACAGAACCAUCUCGCGAUUCAGGGCCAGGAUUUGCAGGAUCUUCCGGCCCGGACGUCUCCUAAUGGCGAGGAGAGACCCCUAGGCAAGGCUAGAGACUGCCCAGAGCACUCUCCGUCUCCCCCUUUGCACCAUCAUCAUCACCACCAUCACUAUCAUCAUCAUCAUCACAACCCUUCGACUUAUAAGAAGAUCACCGACCUGUUUGGUCAGAAGAAAAUUGACAACAUGCCUGACCUGGGCCUUGGAGACCGCUCCAGUCCCAAGACCUCAACCUCUAAAUUGAACAGCGACCGGAAGCAGUUCCUGGCUAGCUUAGCUCCGCUGUCUUGCGUUGCUAACACCGGAAUUGACGGGAAUGAUUACUACCAGCUGUCUUCAAAGAUUUCCAGGGAUUCUGUUGGCUACGCCUCGGAUUCUUCUUACAGUUUGGAAGACAUCGAAGCCGCGCUAAGAGGUGAUGAACGGAAUGGAAAGACUCCUGGACCACCUGAUGUCACUAGAGGAACUCCAACUGGAGUUGGUCCAGAUGCUUCCGAUGCUACUACUGAUGAAUUACUGGCUUUUGUGGAGCAGGACAAGUCCAGGACUGAAAGGCUCAAGCGCAGGUAUGACACUGAGGACAAAGAGGAGAAAAAUGUAGUUGAUGAGGAUGAUGAUGAGCUGAAUGAUUAUGGGUUCAAUAGGAGGCCCGCUGUUCGUGGGAUUAAGCCUCAGUUUGAGUCUAGUGAGAUUGUGAGGCAGUUGAGGUACAGAACUAUUCCUGCUUCUGUUGAUAAGAGGCAGGCUUCUUGGCCGUAUUAUGAUACUGAUAAUCAUCAUCUGGAGAAGAGGGUCACGUUUACCUCGACUGCUGCCGCUGCUGCAGUUGGGGUGGGAAUUGGUGUUGGGGUUAAUGUUGAACCGGAUGAAAUUAGUCUGGCGAGUUCUAGAGACUCGACGAUUAAUCGGAUUAAUACUAUGCAGAGACAAAUUGAUGAUAUUUAUCAGACCAUUGCGGAAAGCGCGCUCAGUAUUCAGGGUACUUUGGACAGGGGCUCGUAUUUGGAAAGCACGCUUCCGAGGGGAGUUUCUUCGAGGAUUCCUGGUGUUCCUCCGCCACCUUUGCCGCCUGGGGAUUGCCAUCGGUAUCAGGAUGCUAAGACGGGAGGAGCCGGACAUUUCCAAGAGAACCCAAGAAUGCGUAUGUCCAACGACAUGCCAAUGUACAGCACCCUGAGCAAACCACGUCGAGCGGUAGCAAUCUCCAACUACCCUUGCGGAGUAGUUCCAAUCGAGAGCAGUACCAAGUGCUACCGAACGAUGUACUUGGUGCCGUACAACGGCUUAUCAGACCCUACGUACCAGAACAUCCAGCGGAUUCUGCCUCCUCACUCCUCAGCGAGCUACGCGGACCACAUCGAGCGGUACCCGUACCCUCGGAACGUAGAAGGCGACGGAAACCAAGUGCCUCGCUACUACCCCCGAGCUGGAACAGCAGGCUCCAGCAGCGGACCUGGAGGAUCCUCAGGACACGUCACCCCGGCGAUAGUUCCGCCCCCGCCUCUACACCUGCGCCUGCAACCAGAGGACAUGGGGUUCAACCCGGGGCCAGGCGUGGGCAUGCAGACGAUCCUCCAGCACCAGCACAUUUCCCAGCUGGCCACCUACAACGUCCAGUCGGUUCCAGCCUACACGGUGAUGGCCCCGUCCAGGCCAGGGUACCCCUACCCCGUCCAUCCCCGAGGAAGCGUCGAGGGGACCAUCCAAGGCCAGCUUCAGUCUCAGUCUCAGUCUCAAUCCCAGACCGGCUCGCUGCCCCCGACGAUGACCACCAACACAGUGGCCAGCGGCUUCAAUGGAAAUCAUCACCUGGCUUGCACUUCCUCGUCUUCUUCGACUUCCUCGGCCUUGUCUUCGCCCACCAAGACUCCAGCUGGUAGCAACUUGUGCUCCACUGCGGAGAGGGGAGUUCCCGAAGGCGCUGCCAGUGCUCCGGCUCAUGAUUUUGUCUCCCAGGCCAACAACGUCACGUAUGGUCAUAACGUGCCUCCGCCUAACACUCAAAAUUCUGUCUACUAUGCUAUGAACUUGUGUAGAAUACUCGGACACCAAACUUGA